AUGUCUUCAUUCUCAACGCAACUAGAGGGCAAGCACGCUCUGGUCACUGGCGGCACAAAGGGUAUCGGGCGAGCCAUUGUCGAGCUUCUACUCGCACAGGGAGCCAACGUCUCGUAUUGUUCCCGGUCGGCCACAGACAAUGACUUUGCCGCCUUUCUAGACGAGAGCAAACCAAGCGGUACGGCCUCUGGUACUUCCGUGGACAUUUCGUCGCCCUCCUCCAUAGAGACGUGGGUUGAGAAGGCAGCCCGCAAGUUCGGCCGCGUCGACGUCGUCGUUGCCAACGCGGCCUCGUUUAGCACCGAAGCCACGGCGGAAAGCUGGAGAACUAGCUUCGAGGCCGACGUCCUCGGCCUUGUCUCGCUUAUAAACGCUUCGACGCCGCACCUGGAAAAGACGUCGGGUUCCAUUGUUGUCGUCAGUUCGGUGGCGGGAUUCGAGACGCGCUUUGAUGUCGCCGGAAGCCCGUACACGACGUUUAAGCGUGCCCAAGCUACUUUGGCCAAGGAUUAUGCUCGCAAGUUGGGCCCGCUGGGUAUCCGGAUCAACUCUGUGAUUCCUGGCCCGAUUGAAGCACCGGGAAAGGUGCUCCCUGAUGGAUCACGGGAGCCAAGCCGUAUUCAGAUGCUCGUAGAGGCCAACCCAGAAUAUGCCCAGGGCAUUUUGGAUGCUGUCUCUCUGCGCCGAUUCGGCACCGCAGAAGAGGUGGCGAAUGUCGUCGUUUUCCUGGCAAGCCCGCUCGCGGGUUAUGUUUGUGGUGCCAACGUCCUUGUGGAUGGGGCAAUGUCAACAUUCUUGUAA